UCUCCUCGGCCAUUUGUGAAUCAAGAAGGCCAAUCGCAGUGCUCUAAUUGGGAAUUCGGUUUCCGGGCAGGAUUGUCAUCGUGCUGUUUCUUUUUGGUCUCUCUAGGCGUGGUGGGAUUGCGUGGAUGUUAUUUUUAUUUCCAGCCCGAAACAUUCCACCAGCCAGAAGAGAAAAACAGAAAAACAGAAAAGGAAAAGAAGGAAAAAGAAGUAGUCUACCCAGCCUUAGACUCUUCCCCUUCCUCUGCGGAUCGACAAGAGGGGGAGCCUCUGCGUCGCUUGCACGGUCGCUUGGGCGCUUGCCUGCUUGCUUGCUUGUUUGUUUGUUUGUUUUGUUUGUCUCGCGCUGUUUAUAUUCUCAACUACGUCUUCAUGAUAGCGACGAUGAACACUCGGGUCUUGGGAAAGAUACCCCUCCAGCGGCAAGAAGAACACCCUCCUCCCCACCCUUACUUCUCAUCCAUCCCCCAUGCGAUCAAACUGAAAUAAAUACCCCAAGCUCUUGGCCCAGUCACCGGCCCUUACUUCUACUCUCCCUUCAUCCUCAUCUAUCAUCCUCGUCAUAUAUACCACUCAUAUCACUCCUUCAUAUCCUACUUCUUUAACACACACACACUCUCUCACUCACACACACAUACUCCCCACUAUCGCCGCAGCACACCUUUCUACAACAAUGGCAGACAACCAACAGAUGGCAGCUGUGCGUAUCAUCCAGCCAGCCAACGGUAAUCCAGGUCCACUCGGCCUCUUCGCCUUCGCUGUCACC